UUGUCGGGUCACUCAUAGAGGUCACUAGGUGGCCGGGGCGCCGGGGUGCUUUAUUAUUAUUUAUUUAUUAAUUUUCGCGAAGUUGCAGUGGUUUCGCCUUACCGGCCUUACAGCACCGAGUUUACGGUGGUCACGGACAAAAUGAUUAAUUUUCGUUCAAUAUUGAAGAACUGUAGCAAAUUGUGCAGCCUUAACGCACACAGGCAUCAGAGGUGCAUAGCGGUCACUGCCGGUCAGCUGCAAGCCGUGCAAGAACCAGUCUCACGCCCUCAAGCUAAGAUCAAAUGCACUCUCAUUCCUGGUGAUGGUGUUGGGCCAGAGCUUGCUGACGCUGUCAAAAAAGUCUUUGAGGCAAUCAGUAUUCCUGUUGAGUUCGAAGAACUCUUUUUGAGUGAGAUUCACCACACAAUUAGUGCACCCCUUGAAACUGUGAUAGAGUCUGUGCAGAAGAAUGGCAUUGCGCUCAAAGGAAUUUUGUCUUCACCAAACAUCUCGCAUACAGGGGAAUUGCAAACAUUGAACAUGAAAAUCAGAAAUCAGCUGGAUCUGUUUGCCAAUGUUGUUCAUGUGCGCAGUCUACCUGGUAUCAAAACUCGGCAUAAUAAUCUUGACUUUUAUGUUAUUCGAGAGCAGACAGAGGGUGAAUAUAGCGCUCUUGAACAUGAGAGUGUACAUGGAGUGAUCGAAUGUCUUAAGAUUGUCACAGAGACGAAGUCUCGCAAGAUUGCAAAAUUUGCCUUUGACUAUGCCACUAAGCAUGGCCGGAAGAAAGUCACAGUGGUACACAAGGCUAACAUAAUGAAACUUGGAGAUGGCCUGUUUUUGCGCUGCUGUCAGGAAAUAUCGGAGCUCUACCCACAAAUUGAGUUUGAGUCUAUGAUCAUCGACAACACAUGCAUGCAGUUGGUGGCCAAUCCUCAUCGGUUCGAUGUGAUGGUCAUGCCCAACCUGUAUGGAAACAUCAUUGACAACUUGGCUGCUGGUCUUGUCGGUGGUGCUGGUGUGGUCCCUGGAGCCAGCUACAGCUCAGACUGUGUGAUUUACGAGCCUGGAGCACGACACACAUUUGGCGAGGCCACAGGCAAGAAUAUUGCAAACCCAACGGCUAUGUUUCUGUGUGCUGCACAAAUGCUGCGCCACGUGAACCUUCAUUACUAUGCUACUCUUGUAAAAGACGCAGUGGAAAAGGUCAUCAAGAGUGGCAAGGUCCGUACUCGAGACCUUGGUGGCUAUGCCAGCACGACUGAGUUCACUUCUGCUGUCAUCCAGAAUCUCCCACACUAGGAACAUGCAAGAGGUCACAUCAGCUAGUGUUUGUGCUGUGUAGUUUUCAGUAUAGUGCUGUUUGUUCUUUGUCCAUACAGAGACACACCACUGCUUUUAAAAAAAGACUUUUAAUUAAUUUCCAUGCCACAAUAUCACUCCUUCAGUGCAGUCAGCUGCAGAUUGUGGCAUGACAUAAGAACAAGGCUCUUUUAGAUACAUUUUAGAUACAUUAAGGAAAUUAUUACAAUAGCGACUGAUAGGUUUACCUGUGAGAUUUUGGCAUUCAACGAACAGAGAAAUGACAGUGGAGAUUUCUGGCAGGCACAGCCUGCUACUGUUCCAUUCCCCCAGAAGCAUUCUCUUUUGGGACUAAGGGAACUAGUCUGCAAAGUUUUCACUGAGCUUGCUUGCCCUUGGGAGAAGUAGUGAUGAUGCAUCUGCAGGUAAACGCUGUUGUGAGAUGCUACAUGGGCAACCUGGGUCUUUUACUUUCUGACUGCAUUUUGUGCUGAAUAAAGUUAUCUUGAUGCCAUU